UUGGGAGAAGAAGGCGCACAACGCGUAACACGCUGUCAAUCAUCCAAAAGGAGUUAGAAGAAGCAAAAAGAGAAAUUGAAGCAAAAGUAAACGCCUGUCAAAAUGGCGAAAACAUUUCUGCUAAAGACAAACAAAGUAAUGACAAAAUUUUUAACAUACGAACAAGUGAAACGGAACCAAAAGAGCCAUUCAGACAUCAGCAAGAUGACGGCUCGAGACCGGCAAGCAAAUCUGAGAAGGUGUACGCGCGUUACGUGCAAGAAGGGGAUAGGAAUCUCAUGUUAAUUUAUGAACCCAAAGAAACUAAAUCAGAGAUUUAUGUGAAACAAAUCGGGAACAAAAAUGUAAUGGUGCAUCUGAACAUUAGCUCAAACGUUUGCCAGUUAAUUGAUACAGCUAACAAGGGGGUUAUUCCACUUGACAGUGAGGGAGAAGUUUGGUUAGAGAUUAAACGCCGAAGCCAGCUGAAGAAAGAAGCAGACGUUCAAACGGACGAGGCGUCAAUUGCGAACAGUGUUUUCGAAAACUGCAGUUUACGUAACGGAUUAAUAAAGCGGGAGAAUGAAUAUGUUUCAUCAUUUUCCCCAAAGUGUAGCUACGUAGAGGGUAAAGUCGGACGACGUCACCCAGCUGAACACGACGAUGUUGCUGAAGAAAAUGAAGACGACGGACCGUAUGAACCUUAUGAAACAAUUUGUGUAAGAGAACGUGGAAACUCUUUAAUGAUAAAAUUUGAAAAGUGGAAUCAUCACGGUGUCCUGAAACCUGAAAAUUUAAAGGAGUCCCCAAUUCUUAGCCACGAAAAGGUUUUAAAAUUUUUGGAAAACGAAGGCAACAACUUUGAAAUGAAUAUUUGUGAUUGGGAGUACGAAAAGGAACAGUCAGUUUACAGUUACAUAUCUUCAAACUUCAAACAAGCUGAAGGUAGAGAAAGCAACGACCCCUAUGAUAAAAUCAUAACAGAACGUCCUCUUAGAGAACCAGUAGAAUACGGGGCAUCGACGCCAGGGGACAGUGAUUAUGACAGUCCCAUAGAUCACGUGACAAAAGUGGACGAGAGUUGCCCAGAAGAAAUUUAUUCAAGGGUAAACAAGGUUAAAUCAUUUGACUCUCAGUCCAACAACAAAGUAAAUGUUUUAAUACAAAGGUCAGUGUCCGACCCUGCAAAACCGAGUCCAGAUGUUAAGGAUUUGAAGCUUGGCUCUAGAACUAGUGAUCCCGAAAAUUACACGCAGAAUGCACCGGAUGUACCAUAUAGACCUCCGAAACCUUUCCCUAAACCAGAUGAUUUGAGUAAACAUAAAUGGUACCAUGGAAACAUAGAAAAACAUGUGGCUAAAGAGAGAUUAAGGGGGGAAGAGGUUAGAUUUUUUUUAUAAAAUUCAUUUGUAUUUGACUUGGUCUGACUUUUUUUUUUAAUUUAAACUAAUUAA